AUGACUGAAGUUGUCGCUGUUCCAAUUGCUAUUUACUUACUUGAAGCAGCUGCUUUCCUCGGCGCUGGCAUGACCACAAUCUUCCUGAACGAACAAAAGGAGGAGAUGAAAGAUGUCACUACUCAUAUGUUCGAUGCCUCGGCCUACUUGCCCAACUUAAAGUGGCGAAUCUUCCUGGUUGGCCCAUCAGACGCCUGGAAAAAGAUCGUUAGUGUGACUACCUGUCCCACCUACGUCACCUACCACGCCGUCAUCGAUCAGGACAACAAGAAGUUGCCUGUGCACACUGGUCCAGGAACCAUCAGCUCGAUCUGGAGCUAUAUAGACGUCGACCUGUCUGGCGCCGCCAGUGUCACUCUCACCUUUGAGAAGGCCAAGGGCAUGGGAUGUAUGAACCGAUACAGGACCUUGACCAUCAAUGCCGAUCAGUUCGAAGCCAGACUCAACAAGAAGGCCUGGGUGAUCAGUUGGGACAAUGAUGGUCAGACACACUACCAAGGAGAUGCCGGCCAGAUCAAUCCAAGCACAUUGACCAAUGAGCAUCCAGAAGUAAAGAUGUGUAUUGGUAACUGGGGUGGCAAAUCCAUCUAA